AUGGUUGACGGAGCUAGCAUUGGAGCGAAACAGCAAUCAUCUGUAAAUAAUAGAUCAUUCAACGAUCAAAAUCAAACUAAAAUCGUUCUUCGUCGAUUACCACCUACAUUAACGAGCGAACAAUUUCUUGAAAUAGUUUCUCCUCUUCCCGAUCAUGAUUAUUAUCGUUUUUGCAAAGCUGAUAUAAGUUUGGGUCAGCAAUAUGCUUUUUCUCGUGCCUAUCUUAAUAUUUCUAACCGACAAGAUCUAAUUGUAUUUACAGAAAAAUUUCAAGGAUAUGUUUUUGUUGAUAAAAAUGGAAAUGAAUAUAUUUGUUCAGUGGAAUAUGCACCUAAUCAAUGUCGACCGAAAUCAGAACAACAAUUGCGAAAAGAUCCGAAAAUGAAUUCGAUUGAACAAGAUCCUGAAUAUCAAACAUUUGUCACAAAUAUGAAUGCACCUCCAAGUGCUACGGAAGCAUUACCAAAUGCUGAAAUAAUGCUUGAAGAAAUUGAAAAAAAACAACGUGAAAUUCAAGAUAACAAAAAUAAAUCAGGCGCUACUACAACACCUUUACUUGAAUUUCUAAAACGAAAACGUGAAGAACGGAAACAGGAAAAAAUGAUGCGUAUUCAGCAGGCGCAACAACAUCGUAAUAAUAAACAAUCAUUUAGAAACAAUCCAUCAAAUAUACAUGAUGAUUCAAGACCAUCUAGUGGACGGAACAUGAACGAGGACGAUUACAAUGCUUCAUCACGCUAUGGAGGUGGUGAUAGAUCAAAUCGUCAACAACGUGGCUAUGAUAAAUCAGAUUAUAGAACAGGCAAUCAAGAACAGAAACGAUCUAAUGCAAAUGAUUAUGGUGGUAAUAAAGCAUCGAAAAAUCGUGAUCAUCAAAAUACUCGAUCCAAACAACAACAUAACUCGAAAGAAUCUAAAGUUGUUACAAAUAUGAAAUCAAAAAAUGAAGAAUCAUCACAGAUUGAGAAUCAAGCGAAGCGUGAUACGACAUCAUUGGAUACUAUCAAUAACUCUAAUGAUAAUUCUCAACAAUCUCAAAAUGAUGAGCGACCUAAUUCAUCAAACAAAGGAUCAUCAGCUUCUUCGCAAAAAAAUGCAAAUGGUGUAAUAAAGAAUCGCCCUUCUAUUCAAAUUUAUAACCCAGCUGAAAGAGCUCGAUUACGAAAACAGCAUAAUCCAUCAUCAUAA